AUGUUCAAUGGAAUCCGAAUAACCGUGGUAUGGGAAACGCGCAAGGGCAAGACAAAAGGGCCUUCGGGGAGACACACUGUGUUUCUGGGCGGUGAGACGACACCUCGGCCACUUGUAAGCUUAUGUGCUCAGGAGCAGGAUCAUGGCGACUCGCCUACGGUCAUCAUAUACGACUCACGUUGUGCGUUCUUGUAUUACGAUAGUGAGGAUCCAGGCGCCGUACGUCAAAGCAUUAGCUUUGAUUUUCACCUCAACACUAUCAACAACGAGGACCUCGAGCUUUUGGAUACAUCUUCUCGGCAGGGUUCUUGUUCAAGCUUAUCCUUGACUGAAUUAAUCAUCCAAUUUCCCGUCUCAGAUUACGCCACUCACUUUCAUAACCUACUGUUCGACACAGCAGCACCGAAAGCAAUCCUGGCGAAGCUUUCCAACAUAAUCAUACCGAUGCAAGAGAUCAAGCUAAGAAAACCCCGGAUUCGAUACAUGGAACAAUUCGAACAGGAUAUAGUUCAAAGAGCACAUUUGGACUUGCUCGCUACUCCCAGUGUGAUGUUGUUCCCCGAAUCCUCAAUUGAGGACACCAUAGAAAAUGCGCGCCAGCUGAUCCGCAGCCUUCCUGAAGAACUGGUAUCGAAGCGCAUCAGGCAUUACGAGUCAACUCUUACGCGUAAUCUGUAUACGUACGACGAUCUGUUGUCGACUUCCAAAAUACAAAGUCUUGUUGGAGCUCUGGAGGUGGCUUACCUUAAGCUCAUUGGAGUUGGGUUUGUCCACGAAUCGUCUUGUCUUUACUCGAUGUCCGCACCAGCCUCUGCUUUUAGAAAGGCGAUCGACAAGCCUAAGGAAGUUGAUCUCGCGUGGCAACUCCGCUUCUGCGAGAUUGAUUUGAGGAUAUACGGAGCCCGUUGUCUUCAUCUAUUCUGGUGUGCUGAUUGGCUCCUGGACUACCUGAAUGCGCCUAAAGAAGGGCCAUUCAUGCUGUGUUCAUUUUCUGACGCGGGAGUAAUUGCGCGAAUGAAAGCGAAGGUGGGUGUGAUAGCGGAGCACUACUGCGAAACUGGGUCGCAUGGUGCUUAUUCCUGGAU